AUGAAUCUGCUUUUGCUAACUCUGCUGUCGGCCUUUCCAGCCGCAGUGUUAGCUUCCUCUUCGGUAACUGUUGAUGCUGGCACCCUUUAUGGUGAAAAGUGCAACAAUGGACAGAAUGCAGUCUACUACAAGGGCAUUCCCUUUGCCGAGCCUCCCAUCGGAACACUUCGCUUUGAGCCUCCAAAGGCAUACACAAAAAAAUACCCUAAUGGGGCAUUGAAUGCAACCACCCAUGCCGCUACCUGCAUUCAGUUCGGAGAUGACAUGGUACCAUCUGGAACGAAAUCCGAAGACUGUCUUUACCUCAACAUUUGGACCCCAUCCAACGCCAUCAAAACGUCGAAGCUUCCUGUUAGAGUUUGGGUCUACGGUGGAUCAGACACAAGCGGCGGAAUCGACUACUCCCUAUAUGAUGGCUGCAACGUUGCGGAAGAAGGCUCAAUUCUUGUCUCUAUCAACUAUCGACUUGGGCCUCUCGGUUUCAUGGCACUCAACAGUGCCGGGAUCUACGGUAACCAAGGAAUUCAAGAUGUCCUGCUUGGUCUAGACUGGGUUCAAAAGGAGAUCUCUGCCUUUGGUGGCGACCCGGACAAAGUGGUUCUCACUGGACAAUCAGCCGGUGCAACGGACAUACAUACUAUUGCCACUCUUCCCCAAGCGCCGUCUCUAUUUAAUAGUGCCAUCGUGGAAUCGAUCGCUUUACCUUCGCUCGUGUCAAAUUCAACCUUACAAAAGACUGGCGCGUCAUAUGCACGAACUCUUCGGUGCAGUGUUCGUGACAAAUCAUGCCUUCAGUCUAAAACGACGGCCGACCUACAGAGUGCACUCGAUUCCGAUGUCUUCCUCAAAAAGGGACUUGGAGCGAGUGAUAUUGGUGUUCCUAAUAGGAAUACGCCCCGGUUCUGGCCUUACGUGGACGGCACUGUUUUCAGUGAGAAUCCCGCCACUCGUGGGGUACAAGUCCCGACGAUCUUCGGAUAUAACCAAAGAGAAGGCAUGAUGGAUGCUCUCGCCAAGUAUAACACUACGAAGGCUGUCGAAGCUAUUACGGCAGCUGAUUAUACGAUAUUCCUCCGCGGAAACUGGGGCUCCGCCGUGCAAAGUAUUCAAAGAUAUUAUCCUUUGUCUAUGUUUAAAUCUGCCACUGACGGCUCAACCGCGCUGGCUGUACUUUACGCUAUAUCAACUGUCCUAACGGACGCCCACUUCAAAUGUCCCGGCUACCAGAGUGCAGUGCGAGCCGCACGCAACAAUGUGCCAGCAUGGAUGUAUGAAUUCACCCAUAAUUCUACGUGUGUAUGGUUAGACACAAUGCCUCAGUCAGCCUUGACUGUCUUUGGUGCCGCUCACACCGCUGAGAUUCCCUACGUCUUCGGGAAUCUGAACUUCGAUUUUCCUACCCAAAACACCACUUGCACUGGGUCAACAUUGGAUUGGAACCUCAGCAAGCAGAUGAUCACUCUGUGGACAGCAAUGGCGGAGACUGCUAAGCCAACUACCGAAGAUAUCUUCUGGCCGCAGUUCAAAAUUACACCGAAGGGGCUGAUGACCCCUGGAAUGAUAUUUGGCAACUCAAGUACUCCUGGUUCCAUUGACUUCUCUGUCUGCAAAUUGUGGGCUCAGGUUGAUACCAUGCUGGACGCAAGCAACGCGACAUCCACAGCCACACCCUCCAGUAGCAGUGGGAAACCAUCAGCUUCGGCGACGAACGGCGCAGCAACCAUUACUCCCACAACUAAAAUCUCCGUUGCUUUAGGUCUGCUUGUGAUGGCGGCGACUAUGGUUGCCUAG